AUGCCCAUCUCUCCUGUGUCUGUCGUCGUAGGUACGACCUUGGCGACUGCUAUCGUAGUCAUAGGCACAGGCUAUGCUUUCAAGAAGUUCAUCUAUGAUCCUCACAUAUCACAUCAUGUUGAAGCUUUGAUCGCACAGCAUAAUCACUUUCAGGAUCAAGCACACUCACAUUCACCUGAAUCGAUACCUGUUGAACCGAUACAACCUUCAUUGGGCUCUUCUACAUCAUAUAGAGAUCACCAUACUUCACUUCGAAGACGUACAGGGCGUCGGUCCAACGAAUUUGAAUUGACAGACCGACCCGUAGAAUAUGGGGGAGCAUCAGCAUAUGAGCUAGAUGAGAGCAGACUGAGUCUUCUGGGAGAAUCACCAAGCAAGUCCGGAUCAGUGGAUAGACUGAUAGAUAUAGAUGAUGAUGGUAGAACUCAAUCUCCACAAGAUCAGGAGAUCAGAGAAGUCAUAUUCAAAUUACCUCCUACACCUUUACGUUCCGGUACCGCUACACCCGCUUCUACGAAUCCUUUCAUCUCGAUGGAAGAUGGUGAUGAGCCCAAGUCAAAUAAUAGCCACCUGGAUCCUAGGACCUCUUCCACUUCCUUUUCCUUUCUAUCUCUUUCCCAGUCUUCGUCUCCUGAAGUGAUCCAUCCACCCCUCGAUCUCGCUACAGCUGCUCAACGGUUAUCGAUAGUAGAAGACGUCGAAGGUACACCUACAGUCCCCGAUGAUGAGAUGGAAUCAAUAGCAGGAACCAACAACACGGCCGAAUACGAAGAUGCUGAGUCUUAUACGCCCAUAUCAAGAGCCUUGAGUCCCGCUAUCGUUUCUCCAGCUGUUAGACCUCAUGUCGUUGACGACAUGGGUUUAAGCUAUGUUCCUCUUGUACCUCCGACACGAGGACCCAUGAGUGUUAUUAGCGUCGAAGGGUCGGAGUUCAGUGAAGUUGAUGGCGAAUGGGAUGUACUAUCGGACAUGGGUCGGUGA